CCUGUCAGCUACAAGGUUCUGGGUUUGAGCCUGAGCGACACCCAGGGCCUUUUUGAGUUUGCAUGUUCCCUUGUUUUCUAGGUGUUUAACCCGGGGGUCUCAGACUCCCGAGUCGAUGUCCUGAGGCCCUACACUUAUUUAUGAUAAUCCAAACACUAUAUUUUAAAUGUGCAAAUAGUAGUGGUUUCAUUUCAUUUCAUUUAUUCUAUUGACACAAUGCACAAAUCCAUUGAGAAAACCAAAAACAAAUAAUAAAUACAGUUGUUGUUUGUUUUGCACAUGCCAUGAUCAGAAAGGAGAGGAAAAUCUUAUCUUUAUAAGAUAAGAUUUAUCAUUGCAAACAUACAGUACUAGACAUACAGUAGAUGGUCUGUCAGUCCCGUCACUCAGGCAACAGUUACAUGUUUGCAGGAUGAGGCCAACCACCAAGCAAAAGGUUAAUGAAUAGCCACCAGGGGGCAACUCUGCCGGUUGCAGAAAGAAGUCUGUUUGAAUGGAAGUCUAUUAGAAGAUAAAUUUACUUCUCACUUGAUUCACAACAGCAGUAAAUCUCAAUCGCCAUUUUCAGCUCUUCUUCAUUAGAACAAGAUGUCAGUUUUGUAAAUGACGUUUCCAUUUAGAGCUGAAAAAGCAAGUGCCAGUACUCCCCUUAUCCACAUGAGGCAUGUAUGUUAGUAUUACUAAAUCAUUAAAUGCUGAAUUAUGAAUAUUUUCAGUAAAUAAAAUAAAAAAAUGGACUUCUGUUACACUUUUUUUUUUGCCAACUUGUGUUAUUAUAGAUAAUCCUUAAAAUUUCAACAAACUUCAAUCACACAGUCCAUUUUUAUUUGGUUUUCCUGUCCUCCAGGACACAAAUGUGUCUAGAAACUAGAAACAAACACUAGAGCAGGUGAAGGUCAUGGCACGUAGUGCGCCCUUGAAAACAUAAGUGACGCUUACGAGACGCUUGUGUGAUUGACUGCUGGUUGCCGGUGACAUCUGCUCAUUUGCGGUAGGAAAAUCUCAACAUGGUGUUGGUGAAAUUGCAAAUUGCGAGGCUUCAAAAUGGUGGCUCAGAUUCUUACGGGUGACAUCACGACCGGUCGCCACUUGAUUUGACUACAAAAGCAUCAAAGUACACACACACACACACACACACACACACACACAUAUAAAACCUGUGAUAUACAGUCCAGUGCUCAUAGGGCAGGGUUUCCUUGCUAUAAUUGGGCAGGCUUUCCUAUCAAACUGUAGACACCAGUAUAAUUUACAACCCACUCUUCCCAAAUAUUGCACCAGUCAGGGAGAAUCCUUAUAUUCCUCCAUAAAUUAGAGAUGCAGUUGAAAUCCUUAGCGGCCAUAAAAUAGCUGGAACCAAAAUGCAGAACUGUGAACCAGACCUACUGGAAAAAAUGACAAAAAUAACCCCAGAACUAUCCUUCUUUAUUCUCGUGGGGAUGCACAGCGGUAAGGAAUUUGAAGACAGAGGAGGUCUUGUGCAUUUAAUUUGCCCCUUGUCACAAUAAAGAUCCAAUUAGCUCUCAUAAUGAAAGGGCUCAGUUCAUACACCUACUCUGAUUGCUAACCUGACUCCCCACGGAUUUACUGUAGAUGACUCCUCUAGUCUGGUCAGUUGUGCAAAAUGUUCUGUCUUUCUUGUCACUGCUUUGUUUGCUUACUUUUUAAAUGUGUGGCGUGUAAGAAUUAGUGACAUCUAAUGGUGAGACUGCAGAGUGCAGCUGGCUUUUCCAUUGCAGGAAGACUUAAAGGAAUACUUCACAGAUUUGUAUUUAGCUUUGUAUUACUAGAAUAGAGUUAGUAUUUUUGAAGAAUUGUGCUUCCCAACCUCAGUUUCCCCUGAGUUGAGAAAUAUCUUCCUUUUUUUUCUUUGUUACGUGCCCAUCGGUAACACUUGUUCCGAGCCUUGAAACUGCAACACUAAUUCUGCACUUUUUAGACCCACUCGUGGGGGGACGGGACCUCAUUCCCAGAAUGUAAACAGUGUCCGCCAUCUUUGGGCAUUUGCAGCUUCAAAAACGCAAAAUUCAAAUCCUUUCGAGCUGCUGUAGAAACACGGCAGCCUCUGAAAAGCAAGGUCCUUCCCUAAAGUAUAUAUAAGAGACUAAAGCAAUUAUGCACUUAUGCAAACACAUACAGUAUAUGGGUAUUAUAUAUAUAUAAUUUCAGACAACAAAACCCUGCUAAGCACACCGGAACGUUUGUGAUGUCCUUAUUCUGUAGAUAAUUUGUUUGCACAGCUGGUGAUCUUCCUACUUUGGAGUGUCGCUUGCACUGUAGCCAUCCUGCCUGUGCAGCUUCUGUGAGAACUGGAAGGUGUUGAAUGACUUGUCUAUUGGAGAAGGCGACUUUUGGACUCCACCUCUGGGAACCUGUCAUCUUAAGUCACGACAGUGUUUGGGAUUCAGAAAGAUGUGGGUGAUAUGAUGUUUGGAUCUCCUCCCAUGGUACUUUUAACCAAGAAAGAGUCGCAAAGAAGGAAGGAUGAGUAGAAGGCAUCAGCUUCUUCCAGAGGAUUAUAACUUCAAUCUUUAAUCGUCCUUUGCUGCUUUUCGUGGAACUCUAGGCUGAUUGCACUAAUCUUGUAUAUUUAAAUUUCCCACUGGGAGAGCCUGCAGAUCUUGUUCCCAGCACGGUUUGCGGUCAUGGUUGCAGUGAACAGUGAUGUAGCUUUGCGUUUGGUGUCACAGUGGGACUCAACUGUCGACUGUUUGCCAUUUAACCAGUGCACAGCAGCAAAGAGUCUUUAAUCCAAACCUGGUGAAGUUGACGCGUCGUUUGAUGCUGCAGUUUUGGGACACUUUAACAAUGGCUAAACCCAACGUUAACCCCUUCAGUCCUCCAAUGAUGACAAAGGCACAUUGGAGGAAACCCUUACAUGGCAACAGAAUGGAUGAACAGAGAUGCGCCUUCCCUCCCCCACUCAAGACUGAGGAGGACUACAUUCCAUACCCAAGUGUCCAUGAGGUGUUGGGCAGAAGAAGCCCCUUUCCGCUCAUCCUCCUGCCUCAGUUUGGUGGAUAUUGGAUUGAGGGGACCAACCAUGAGCUGAGUGAUGCUCUGGACUCAGAACAGGUGCAGCCGCUGUCCCCAAACAGCCGCACCAAGCUGGAAUGUAACACAACAGCCAUACUCUACCGGAAACACUUCCUGGGCAAGGAACACUUUAAUUACUAUUCAGUGGACGGUGCCCUCGGACACAUGGUGUUCUCCCUAAAGUAUGAUGUGAUCGGUGGCCAGGAACAUCUCCGGCUAAUGCUCCGGACCAAAAUGAAAACCUACCAUGAUGUGAUCCCCAUUUCCUGUUUGACAGAAUUUCCUAAUGUGGUGCAAAUGGCCAAGCUUGUCUGUGAAGAGGUCAACGUGGACCGCUUUUUUCCUGUCCUGUAUCCAAAAGCUUCGAGACUUAUAGUCACCUUCGAUGAACAUGUGAUCAGCAACAAUUUCAAAUUCGGGGUCGUCUAUCAAAAGUUUGGACAGACUUCAGAGGAAGAGCUGUUUGGCAACAGUGAAGAGAGUCCUGCCUUUGUAGAAUUCCUGGCGUUUUUAGGAGAAAAAAUUGAGCUGCACAACUUUAAAGGUUUCCGCGGGGGGUUAGACGUGACUCACGGACAGACCGGCACAGAGUCUAUCUACUGCAACUACCGCAACAAAGAGGUCAUGUUCCAUGUGUCCACAAAGCUGCCUUACACAGAGGGGGACACCCAACAGUUACAGAGGAAGAGGCACAUAGGGAAUGAUAUCGUGGCCAUCAUAUUCCAAGAAGAAAACACUCCGUUUGUACCAGACAUGAUCGCCUCCAACUUUCUCCAUGCCUACGUCGUGGUCCAAGUGGUCAACCCAUGUUCUGACGACGUUCUCUACAAGGUGUCAGUGACUGCACGGGAUGACGUACCUUUCUUUGGCCCAGCCCUCCCAAACCCUGCCUUCUUCAAAAAGGGCCCCGAAUUCCAUGAUUUCCUUUUCACAAAGCUCAUCAACGCUGAGUAUGCCUGCUACAAAGCUGAGAAAUUUGCCAAAUUAGAGGAGCGGACGCGGUCAGCUUUGUUAGAGACGCUGUAUGAGGAGCUUCAUGUGAACAGCCAGGCCAUGAUGGGAGUUGGAGGAGAGGACGACAAACUUGAAAAUGGGAGUGGAGGAGGAGGGGGAUUUUUUGAGUCCUUCAAGCGAGUGAUCCGCAGCAGGAGCCAGUCUAUGGACGCCACGGGUUUUACUUUCAAGAAGCCACACACAGUCUCCACUAGCCUGAGUGCCAGCUUACCCCACAACCCUGCAGAGAUCCCCAAAUUCCCAGGGAUAUCAUUGCUUGUUCCAGGCAAAAGUCCCAGUAAAUAUGGACGUCGAGGCAGUGCCAUAGGGAUAGGAACAGUAGAAGAGUCUUUGAUAAUCCCGGGUAAAAGCCCGACAAGGAAAAGAUCUGGUCCUUUUAGCGCCAGGCGAAGCAGUGCCAUCGGGAUUGAAAACAUUCAAGAGGUCCAGGAGAGGAGUAGAGAGAACUCGCCAAACACCCAGAAGACGCCAGACAGUGGCCACGUGUCUCAAGACCCCAAAUCUGACAAUUCGUCCAAUCAGAGUUCUCCUGAAGUUCUCACCGCUGCUAAGAACAGGGCCCCGUCCAUCCCUGAGGGUCAAGACCUCUCCCGCUCAUCCUCCAACGCCAGCAGCUUCGCCAGCGUGGUGGAGGAAAAUGAGAUGGAGGCCACAGAAGACUACGACACGGGCAUGGAGAGUUUGUCUUCUGCAGGGACUCCACACAAGCGAGACUCCUUCACCUACAGCAACUGGAUGGAGGACAGCAUCAGCAGCGCCAGCACUGCUAGUUGUGGGAGCUCCCCAGGGCCUGGUAAACCAGAGCGAGGAAAGGGGACCGACAUUCGAAUCAAACUGGAACGACCUUAUGAUCAUCAGUCCUCGUCGCAUUCCCAUAAGCCACAGUCCUUCUGGGAGAUGAGACAAGUGCAGGUGCUCGCCAUGGCCAGUGAUGAGAAGGAAGAUGAUGAGGAAGAUUAAAUGGAGGAGAAAUUGCAGGUGGAGCCUGGCCAUAGCCUGCUUCUCAACGAGCGAACCGGGGAGAAAAUACAGAAACCUGAAUGACACUGGAGAGAAUGACGCACAAAGAGGGGCCAGCUUUUGCACAGUGUUGUUUCCUUCCACUCUUUUCUUUGCCUGUUCACACACCUGAUGCCUCGUCGUAUGUUUGUUUGUUUGUUUGUGUCAAAACCUCACAUUUUAUUUACAAUUGUUUUCGUUGUAAAAGAUGAUGACCCUGGUUUAGUUUCUCUUGUUAAUGGCAGCGUGUGUGGGCUAUACAGGGUUAAGAUGGUGCCAUUGAUGAACGUAACAAGAUCACUGUUUGGAUGGUUUUUACCAGUGAACAAAGUUUUUAGCUCAAUUGCGUUACUCGGUGAUUGCAUAAUACCAAAUAUUCAGCAUCAAAUAGGAGUAUUUUUCCCAUUAAAUAUCCAAUGUGAUCUGUAAUCGUUCUGUCCGAUGCUUAAAUGUGGUAGGACUCUAUAGCUGCAGCUUAACAGUUGUCCUUUCUUUUAACUCGACGACCCAAAACGCCAUGAGAUUAGAUUUCAGACAUAUCACCACACGUCACAGCAAAGAUUAUAUGUAUUAUAAAAACUAUAAAGAUGAAAAUGCCUUAAAGCUUAAACAUUGUUUUUACCUCACUUCUUUGACACACGUGUUCUGCAGCCAAUCAUAGAACAGAAGUAUUCAUUUGAAAUUAAAACCUAGAUAUAUGUACUAAACCCUUUUUUCUUUUCUUUUUAAGCACACUAGAGUCUCUAGAGAAAUUGUGGUGCAAUGCAACGACGCUGUCAGUAUAGUCUACUAAUAUAUGGAUGUGUAUGUCUGAUGGUGAUUUUCCUGCUUUCUCCACUGUGUUUGCUGUUGUGGACACCAGUUCUCAGUUGCUGCUCUGUUUUCCUCUAAUUUUACUUCUUGAUUUAAGUCCUGCUGAAGUGGCAUUUAUGGAGUAUGUUUGUUAUGCUGUACCUCUGUGGUGACUACAAUCAGCAACCUGCCAUGUACCGUGUGCUGCUUUGGAGUAAAAUAUAAUGUCAUGUGAAGCUCUGGGUAUUUCAGGGGUCAGAUCUGUCUCUGUGCGGCGGCAUUUGCAACGCAAUGGCCACAAAACACUUUAUAUUUAUUCAAGAAAUAUGAAGAGAUAACUCCAAAUACAACUACUGCUUUUUGUAAAUAGAUAUUUAGUUGGAGUACAUUGUGUAUAAUGUAUAGGUCAUCAAUUUCAGAUGGGGUUGAUCAACAAAACGGAAUAACUGCCAUGGUAACAAUUUAUUGUUGUUUUUAUUUCCUCAUACACUUAAUUUAAUUAUUUUGAGAGUUUUAUAGGAUGAAAUUAUUUUAAAAGCUUUUUUUUCCGACUGUUCUGUAAAAGGGAAGAUCUCACAGCACAUCCUGCUGAUCAUUUAAGUUGCCUUAUCAUCUCAAACUGAUGGUGUAAGUAUAAGUGAACAGUAAAGAGCCAGCCUGAUUUGCAGUGAAAUUAAUGUUGUGUUGUGUUUUGUUUUUAUUGUAAAUAAAUGCUCAAACAACUUA